AAAUGGUCACUGAAUAAACUUUCUUUCAUUUAUUAUUUUAAUUUUAUUGUACACUUUAAAAUGUCUACUAUGAGAAGCAAAAAUAAAUAAAUAAAUAAAAUAUCUACUACAAUAAAUAUUACUUAAACAUUACAAAAAAAAUUUCACCAAAAAAAUAUUACAAAAAUAAAAUAAAUUAUAAUGAAGAAAACCAUUGGCAUUCACAUCUUUGGUGGCUCCGAUGAAAUCCUGUCGCAUUCACAUUUCUCUCCAAGCCCUAAUUACCCAUAGCUUCGGCAAUUGCCAAUUCACCAACUCAAGCGACUCUGGCGUCCCAUAAGCUCUCGGGCAAUAUUGGUGCUUGAGUUGAUUUUAUUUUACAUAUUGCUUUCUAGGUUUUUGCUUUCAUUUUCAUUUUCCGUUCAUGUUGAUUGAGAUCAGAAAGUGAAAUGCAAUAUCUCGGUUUGGUUUAGGCUUUGACCAGAAAGUGAAAUUUGGAUUGGUUUUGCUUCUCUUCGAUGAAGCAUUUUAAGAACUCGACGACUCUCCUAUUAUCAGAUUCGAAAGCAGGAGUAAUUUCUCAAACAAGGAUGAUAAGGGUGACAUUGAUGAGUUAGGUGCUGUUUCUCAUGAGUCUUGACACUCAGAUGAGGAUGAUGAGGGUCAUAUUCAUAAUUUGAUGUUGCUUCUGAUGAGUCUCGACUCCCAAAUAAGAAUCACACUGGUGUUUGCUUAUACAUUCAGAUGGAGUUAUGUCAGGAGGACAAACUUUAUUGGGGAAGAUGUUACUAUGAUGUCGAAUCUUGGAGCUCGACCAUACGGAUCUCCCGGACUCCCCUGCAAACCAAACCCCAAGCUGGAUCUCUAUGCAAUGGGGAUCAUUUUUUUCAAGCUAUUACAGUUCUUUACAUCUGCAGCACCAGGUUCCCAAAGGGUCUUUGCCAUGCAAGAUUUGAGAGAAAAGCAGGAGUUCCCACCAAAUUUUCCAGACUCUGAGAGGGAUCUUAUAGUUCGAUUGAUGAAAGAAGAACCAUCAGAAAGACUUGAUUUGGAGGAAGUGAUAAAUGAACUAGAGAUGUUGAGCUCAGCAGAGAUGAAGUAGAUAUGUCAAGUAACAUAAGUAGAGAUGAAGUAGAUAUUUAACUAACAAAGGAUUCCUUCCUUCAUUCCAAUAGUAAAGAAUAAUAGAAAAGUGCACCAAAUAAACUAAAAACGUUGU